AUGUCGACGAAGUCACACCGAACCCGCAGUUCGGCAAAAACCAAUGCACCUGCUCUAGCCACAUCUGACGGCGACACUGCAAACACGGUUGCUGCUAUGCCCAAGACCAGGCAACACUCUGCGCGCCAGCAGAAUGUGAAGGCCUCUGGCAAGUCUCCGGAGACAACCACAACAACCAAGACUCGGAGUCGUAACUCCAAGUCGCAGACACCGAUGGCUGUCAACGUCGCCACUCCACCUUCCGGCUCCAAGCCCCAGAACUCCAGCAACGUCGAGGAAACGUCCAUACCAUCUGCCAAGGCGAAGAAGAAGCCAGGUAUAGGGAAGAAAACCAGUUCCGUGGCACCGCUCCAGCCACACCAGAUCCAGGCGUUGUCCCAGAUUGCCCAGCUCGACUUGGCUCGGAAGAAUCAAGACUGGAAGCGGGAGUUGGCUAUCCAACGCCAGUUCCCAGAACGGAUCUCCAGAAGUAUGGUUGUACCAGAUGUGGAACACAAUGCAAGGUUGGGUCGGUUAGCCUCGGAUGUUGAGUUGGACAAAGAGCUGUGUGGCGGUGUUGGUCAUUCUACUCCUUUGUCGUCGACUGUCAAGACUGGCAGUGUGACUGAAGUCUGCAGAAUAGAAGAUGACGGUCAAGAACAGGAAGAGAGGGAACGGUUAAGCGAGCAGAGUACCAACACUGCUCUUCUGCCCAAGGUGUACUCAUACGGAGGGCGCCGGGUUGUGGAACCAACUGAUUCCGACGACGAAGAACAGGCUCUUGUUGGGGGACUUGACGAGGGUGAUAUUGACGACAUCCGGCCUCAGUUCAAGGACGAUCAUCGUAACCCAGGGAUGCUUAACGAUCUGGUAUCAUCGCCGGUGAAACUAAAGCAUGAUGUAAAGCAGAAGCCAAUGCCAUCGAAAGGCGUACUGAAGCGAGGGAAGUCUGCUGCGAUCUCAACUGUAACUCCCACACAGCCCAGCAAGCCUUUGGCCGCUAUAGGCAAGGGGAAGGCACUGUUCGUGCAACCUUCGUCACAUUUGAAACCCCCUCGUGCCAUCGCAACUCCUACUCCUAGCCCCACCAUUCGUUCUUCCAAGUUGUCCAUUCCGGCGUCGUUGAAUCAUGCUCUAUAUCUUUCCGAGGAACCUUUCCAGCACUUCCGAUCCGACUCUCCCGAGUUCCUCCACACUGUUUCCGAUAUUUACACUAGGGUCUAUGGACCACACGUUGAUGUUGACGCUGAAGCAGUCUCAGAGGCGUAUCGUCAAAUCAAUGUGAAGCGCUCUAAGAUCGCCUCCGAGGUUUUUAACCUCGUCAAGCUACACUUUCAGGGACGCGAGUACAUCACAAACCCGGGCCUUGUCCGAAGCCAUGCUCGUUGGGGGCUGAGAGGCGACGGCUUUGCUUGGUAUGCCAAACCUGCGCCCAUCGCGGUUGCUGGAAUGCGAGGAAAGGUUGCAAACUAUGUGGAGCCUGAUGGGCUGUUCCAAUCACCUUUCAUUGUCAAGACAGCUAAGAAAUUCAUGAAACACGCCGAUGGAUCGAAGAUUCUCCAUCCAAUGAGCGCCACAAAUCCUCCAAUUGGUCUGUACACGAUCAUCCUUGCUUCGCUCUAUCGAGCGUUCCAGGUCUUUCUAACGAACCCCGAUUUCUUGGAUAGCCAAAGUGACAAUCCAAAGAGCGUUCCGAAGUUCUCCAGCGACAACUUUUGCGAACAAAUAGGGCGUUACAGUUGCCAGCUCAAAGGGCUCUCAACUCGGCGAUGGGAGGCGAUCUUGGAGCCUGUGAUGGCACCUCUUAUACCGGAAGCACCCGUUUUUGACAUUGCGGACCUCUCUGAUUGUGGUGAGGACAUCUACGUACCUGCUAGUCCAGUAAAGCGUCGUUGA